AUGGAUGUUAAAUGUACAGAGUUGUGCCCCUGCCCCUCACCCUGCCCCUCACCCUGCCCCUCACCCUGCCCCUCAUCCUGCCCCUCACCCUGCCCCUCAUCCUGCCCCUCACCCUGCCCCUCACCCUGCCCCUCACCCUGCCCCUCACCCUGCCCCUCACCCUGCCCCUCAUCCAUGCCCCUCACCCUGCCCCUCAUCCAUGCCCCUCACCCUGCCCCUCAUCCUGCCCCUCACCCUGCCCCUCAUCCUGCCCCUCCCCCUGCCCCGCAUCCUGCCCCUCAUCCAUGCCCCUCACCCUGCUCCUCAUCCUGCCCCUCCCCCUGCCCCUCAUCCUGCCCCUCACCCUGCCCCUCACCCUGCCCCUCACCCUGCCCCUCACCCUGCCCCUCCCCCUCACCCUGCCCCUCAUCCUGCCCCUCACCCUGCUGCUCAUCCUGCCCCUCCCCCUGCCCCUCAUCCUGCCCCUCAUCCUGCCCCUCACCCUGCCCCUCCCCCUGCCCCUCAUCCAUGCCCCUCACCCUGCCCCUCACCCUGCCCCUCAUCCUGCCCCUCCCCCUGCCCCGCAUCCUGCUCCUCAUCCUGCCCCUCCCCCUGCCCCUCAUCCUGCCCCUCACCCUGCCCCUCACCCUGCCCCUCACCCUGCCCCUCACCCUGCCCCUCACCCUGCCCCUCACCCUGCCCCUCCCCCUCACCCUGCCCCUCAUCCUGCCCCUCACCCUGCUGCUCAUCCUGCCCCUCCCCCUGCCCCUCAUCCUGCCCCUCAUCCUGCCCCUCACCCUGCCCCUCACCCUGCCCCUCACCCUGCCCCUCCCCCUGCCCCUCAUCCUGCCCCUCACCCCGCCCCUCAUCCUGCCCCUCCCCCUGCCCCUCAUCCUGCCCCUCAUCCUGCCCCUCCCCCUGCCCCUCCCCCUGCCUCUCAUCCUGCCCCUCAUCCUGCCCCUCACCCUGCCCCUCAUCCUGCCCCUCAUCCUGCCCCUCAUCCUGCCCCUCAUCCUGCCCCUCACCCUGCCCCUCACCCUGCCCCUCAUCCUGCCCCUCAUCCUGCCCCUCACCCUGCCCCUCACCCUGCCCCUCAUCCUGCCCCUCAUCCUGCCCCUCACCCUGCCCCUCAUCCUGCCCCUCAUCCUGCCCCUCCCCCUGCCCCUCCCCCUGCCUCUCAUCCUGCCCCUCAUCCUGCCCCUCAUCCUGCCCCUCACCCUGCCCCUCACCACUGCUCAGUGCUCAGCCACCACAACAGUGCGGAGCGUGAGGAGGCUGCUUUACGUCUGCAAUAUUUCUCAAAAACCAUAA